CUCCGCAGUCAUUCAGUCUGUCACACAGAGAGACCACACACACCAAGUCAGCAGGAGCGUCAAUAUAUUUAAACUCCAUCCUUUAAUCACCUGCUUUUUUUUUUCUCCUUCAUCUUCUCCAGAAGUUGCGUGAGGAAGAAGAAGAGCAGAUUGAACUGAUGAAAAGCUUUUUUUUUUAGAGAGCGAACUAUAGAGGAUUGAAGAAGUUUAUUUCAGUGGAUGAACUUGUGAGAGCUGAGACCUGAAGGGAAUAAAAAGGACUAUAGGAGAAAAUGAAAAGAUUUUGCGGAGUCCAUCAACACCAGCUCGUCUUGCUAUUGGCUGCUGCCAUGGCGACGGCCCUGGAUCCUUCACACAACCUGGCCAGUGAGAGGAGUUCGAUAGAAAGCACGUACGAGCUGACCAAGUAUCUGGAGUAUCAGCUCAAGGAAAUCAAAGACAUAUAUCUGACCUACCUAGGCCCUCCAUUCAAUGAGAAAGACUUCUCCCCUCCACGGCCCAACAGCACCGCUCUGUCCCUGCCCAUCGCCGCCACCCGCCUGGAGCUGUGGCACGGCCUGGAGAACCAAGCUCGCCUCGCCCAGAACCAGAAGGCCUACUCUGUCCUGCUGGCAGCCGUCAGGGAGCUGGCCCGCUCCACCCUCUGCCCCUCCCUCAAGACCUCUCUGCUGCACUUCUGCACAGGUCUGGACGGGCUGCUGGGCUCCAUAUCCGCACUGAUGACCACCCUCGGUUACGCACUUCCUCCUCCGUCUGCAAACGACAGAGAGCUGCAGUACCCUCAGAGGGGAGGGGGAGGCGACCGACCUGCUCCGCUGAUGAGCCAGAGCCUUUACAGGUUCAGAGCCGGGACGAGGACAGAGUCCGGUCAGCGUAACAGCCAAAGGAGAAGCGAGACGAGGGCGGUCAGAGGAGAGAGGGAGGACGGCGUCGCCGUGGACCCGGCGGAGAAAAGGAGAGGGAAAGAGGGGAGGAGAGCGGCGGCGCCCGCAGCCGGAGGAAGGAGCGGCGGAUCAAGGGAGAAGGGAAGAGGAGAGAGAGGAAGGAGAGGGAGGAGGGAAGAGCCGGAGAAAUGGACCGCCAGCGAAGAAGAGAGAGUGGCAGAGGAGGAAGAGGAGGAGCUGGAGCGAGAGGAGGGAUGGAGGAAGAGAAGGUUGUUGAGUAUCAAUGAGGAUGGAGAGGAGGAGACGCAGCCUGAACACAGGGUAGAAGUGUUGUUCCCGGGCUCAGACGACUCCCUUCGACAACCGAGCAUCCAAACCAACAACAACAACAACAAUCAGUACAGCUACAACAUGAACUUACAUCACAUAGACACACUCAGAAAAGAAGAUGGGUUUAUUGUGGAGGGAAGGUUAAUGGUGGAGGAGGAAAAGCAAACAGACAUGGCAGCUUCCUCCUCCACUUUCUAUCACCAGCGUCGGCCUCCUCGCUCCCUCCUCUCCCCCACCCUCCCACCUGCUCUGUCCACUCUCUCCCUGCUCUACCAGUUCAGAGCGGGCGAGGAGCACACCCUCCUCUCCCAGCCCGUCCCUCUGUCUCUACAACGGGGCACCUCCCUCCUGUCGCCUGCCCUGACUCCGCUCCUCUCCUCCACCUCCUCCGCCUCCUCUUCGCUGUUGUCGGUGCGGCCGACGAUGAACGACUUCGCCAGGAAGGUGGAGGGGUUUUGGAUAUUGCGAGAGCUGCAGAGUUGGUUGUGGCGGUCGGCGAAGGACUUUAACCGCCUCAAGAAGAGACUCAGAGGCUGAGACGUUGAGACACACACAAGAGCAGUAUAUCGGAAAUCUGUUAUUUGCACAAAUGGAAACAAAUUGGGAGCUUAAACAGACCAAAAGCACAUAAACACAUUCAUGCUUAACGCAUUCAUUCAUACCGGACUGGAAUAAGUGAAUGAAGGACUAUUUGGCAGGUCACCAGAAGCGCUAAUGGAAUAUAACACACACAAUGCCAACACAUUACCAGCACCGUCAUCCGCCUGAUGCACAUAGCAGCUCAUUGAGCGAGACUGGGCUGAGUUACCGAACUUCACGGCUCAUAGAUCAACAGAAAUACCACUGUAGGUGGUUACACACACACACACACACACACACACACACAGGGGCAGACCGAAGGACAGGCAGAGAGACAAACAGUGCCAUUGAGUGAAAACUGAUUCAGUGACCCCCAGAUGUGUGAAUCAGCAAACAUUCAUUUUCUCUAAAGGAAGAACAUUUCUGAAUGGGUGAAAGACAAAAGGAGAGGAGGAAAUGACCAGAGGGAUGAAGAGGAGGAGAGGAUGAGGCAAGAAAGGGAGAGGAAGACGGGAGGAGGCGUGAGUCAGGGAAAUAACGGGCAGAGGGGUACUGCUGAGUAAUCAGAAGUCGGCUGGCCAGUUACAGUAACUCUACAACAGCGCUACACAUACUGUCCAGACAGAGAGCUGGGCAGCGCACACACCUAUUGUGGUAUCUGGUGCCUUAACAAACCAUUCACUUCUGUGCUGCUUUCACUCAUUUGACCACUUUUUAGAUGAUUUCACUGCAAAGAAAGACAUUUUUAACACAAUCUUAAAAAAUGUUUUAAAAGAGAAUAAUUUCCCUUAAAAAAUGCCACAGUUUUGUGUUCUCUGUAUAAAGAAAUAUUUUUUGUUGAGAGUAAGAUGAGAACAUGAAUAUCAUUCCCACAUUUAUAUACUAAUAUGAAGAUGGAGCGGUUAGCUUAGCUUAGCAUAAAGACUGGAAACAGCUAGGUUGGGUCUGUCCAAAAGUGACAAAAUGCACCUUCAGCACCUCUGAAGCUCUCUGAUUAACACGUAAUAAUCUUGUUGGUUUAAUCCAGACAAAAGCCGAAGUGUAAAAUCAACAUGUUGCAGUCGUGGAAGCUUGCGCCGGAUUCACACCAGGCAGCGGCGAAGUGCAGCUCGCCCUAUAAUUACAUUUUUCUGAGGCCGGGAGGCUUGUUCAUGUGUUUCAGGCAGGAAGAAAUUCUUCGCAACAUAGGUCAACAUGUCACAGGAGUCACAGGAUCUGUUAAAUGAUUGGCUGCGGCUUCUCUCUGGCCGCACUUCGCCGCUAAAAGUUCAACUUUUCCCAACUUUUGUUUCGCUGCACUUGGCCGCAGAAUCAAACGGCCGCAGCUCGCUGAGUUUUGGAGCAACCACUGCAGAUUAUCAUAGACAUUGCAUUGCAGCUCUCCCAAGGCCGCACUUUGCCGCUGCUCUGGUGUGAAUUUGGCGUUCUUAGCUCAGAAAUAGUCCGGUACAUAAAACCAUACAACUUUUAAUGUGUGUUAAUUGUAGAGGACAGAUUGGUGUAGCAUGUAACUCCCUCUAAUCACCGCAAACUGUCAUUUUUACAUUUCUGUUUGUGUAUGAAAUAUAUUUAACAUUUAACAUCCCUAUUUAUAUAUGAGAGUGGUAUUCAAUCUUCUCAUCUAACUCUCAGAAAAAACUCAAAAAAUGUCGAACUAUUCCUUUAAAUGACUUCACACUCCUUAACCCAAACAUUACACACAUUGAUGUGAUUUUUUUCUGCCUUUUUAAACAUGAAAUCAGAGACUUUUUCCUUUGGCAACUUACAGCUUAAUUUCUUUUCCAGAAUAAAUCUAUUGUUAUGUCUUUACAAUGUGCCUUGGAUGAUGUGGCUAAAGGUUAUGGAUCAUAUCUCUAUAAUAUUUAUUGAACAAGAUGUUUAUUUAUUUUUUCUCCAGUGUGAAUAUACUGUAUUGUAACUCAAGAGAGAAUAAAUACUAGCUUUUGUACAGAG